AUACGUAUAUAUAUGUAUUUUUUUCAGGCUGGUCUUGAACUCUUGGGCUCAAGCAAUCCUCCCACCUCAGCCUUCCAAAGUGCUGGGAGCUGUGAGCCACACCUGUGAGAUGGCACCCUUGUCCUGCUGCAUAUUUUAAGAGUUCUGUUUAGUCCAUCAAUUGAGGUCAGGAAAAUGAACGUGCUGAAAGAUAAUAUGUAAUGAUGAUAAUUUGUAGACAUAAAUGCCAGCCGUGUCUGUUAACUAUUUCAGGUGAUAUUGUACUAAAUCUCUGAGAUCACCUGUGAUGAACUUUUAAAAUAAAUAAAACUUUUAAGUCACAGUGUGAUUAUAAUUUUUGUAUAAUUGGUAGGUAAUGUGAUGAACCAGGCUGUUUAUUUACCAUUAGAUUGUUGGUUUGCUAUUAAUGAACUACACCAGCAUGAGAGAAAACAAAACUUCCUUAAAGUGCUAAAAUUAAAUUUUUCAUCAUUCUGUUACCUUUCAAAAGCUUUCCAUUUCAUUUUUCCCAGGACCUCUCCUCUUGUUCUUCUACUUUUGUAGCGGAAACUUAAGAAACUAUGUUCCAACUUCCUGUCAACAAUCUUGGCAGUUUAAGAAAAGCCCGGAAAACUGUGAAAAAAAUACUUAGUGACAUUGGGUUGGAAUACUGUAAAGAACAUAUAGAAGAUUUUAAACAAUUUGAACCUAAUGACUUUUAUUUGAAAAACACUACAUGGGAGGAUGUAGGACUGUGGGACCCAUCACUUACGAAAAACCAGGACUAUCGGACAAAACCUUUCUGCUGCAGCGCUUGUCCAUUUUCCUCAAAAUUCUUCUCUGCCUACAAAAGUCAUUUCCGCAAUGUCCAUAGUGAAGACUUUGAAAAUAGGAUUCUCCUUAAUUGCCCCUACUGUACUUUCAAUGCAGACAAAAAGACUUUGGAAACACACAUUAAAAUAUUUCAUGCUCCGAACGCCAGCGCACCAAGUAGCAGCCUCAGCACUUUCAAAGAUAAAAACAAAAAUGAUGGCCUUAAACCUAAGCAGGCUGACAGUGUAGAGCAAGCUGUUUAUUACUGUAAGAAGUGCACUUACCGAGAUCCUCUUUAUGAAAUAGUUAGGAAGCACAUUUACAGGGAACAUUUUCAGCAUGUGGCAGCACCUUACAUAGCAAAGGCAGGAGAAAAAUCACUCAAUGGGGCAGUCCCCUUAGGCUCAAAUGCCCGAGAAGAGAGUAGUAUUCACUGCAAGCGAUGCCUUUUCAUGCCAAAGUCCUAUGAAGCUUUGGUACAGCAUGUCAUCGAAGACCAUGAACGUAUAGGCUAUCAGGUCACUGCCAUGAUUGGGCACACAAAUGUAGUGGUUCCCCGAUCCAAACCCUUGAUGCUAAUUGCUCCCAAACCUCAAGACAAGAAGAGCAUGGGACUCCCACCAAGAAUCGGUUCCCUUGCUUCUGGAAAUGUCCGGUCUUUACCAUCACAGCAGAUGGUGAAUCGACUCUCAAUACCAAAGCCUAACUUAAAUUCUACAGGAGUCAACAUGAUGUCCAGUGUUCAUCUGCAGCAGAACAACUAUGGAGUCAAAUCUGUAGGCCAGGGUUACAGUGUUGGUCAGUCAAUGAGACUGGGUCUAGGUGGCAAUGCACCAGUUUCCAUUCCUCAACAAUCUCAGUCUGUGAAGCAGUUACUUCCAAGUGGAAAUGGAAGGUCUUAUGGGCUUGGGUCAGAGCAGAGGUCCCAGGCACCAGCAAGAUACUCCCUGCAGUCUGCUAAUGCCUCUUCUCUCUCAUCGGGCCAGUUAAAGUCUCCUUCCCUCUCUCAGUCACAGGCAUCCAGAGUGUUAGGUCAGUCCAGUUCCAAACCUGCUGCAGCUGCCACAGGCCCUCCCCCAGGUAACACUUCCUCAACUCAAAAGUGGAAAAUAUGUACAAUCUGUAAUGAGCUUUUUCCUGAAAAUGUCUAUAGUGUGCACUUCGAAAAAGAACAUAAAGCUGAGAAAGUCCCAGCAGUAGCCAACUACAUUAUGAAAAUACACAAUUUUACUAGCAAAUGCCUCUACUGUAAUCGCUAUUUACCCACAGAUACCCUGCUCAACCAUAUGUUAAUUCAUGGUCUGUCUUGUCCAUAUUGCCGUUCAACUUUCAAUGAUGUGGAAAAGAUGGCCGCACACAUGCGGAUGGUUCACAUUGAUGAAGAGAUGGGACCUAAAACAGAUUCUACUUUGAGUUUUGAUUUGACAUUGCAGCAGGGUAGUCACACUAACAUCCAUCUCCUGGUAACUACAUACAAUCUGAGGGAUGCCCCAGCUGAAUCUGUUGCUUACCAUGCCCAAAAUAAUCCUCCAGUUCCUCCAAAGCCACAGCCAAAAGUUCAGGAAAAGGCAGAUAUCCCUGUAAAAAGUUCACCUCAAGCUGCAGUGCCCUAUAAAAAAGAUGUUGGGAAAACCCUUUGUCCUCUUUGCUUUUCGAUCCUAAAAGGACCCAUAUCUGAUGCACUUGCACAUCACUUACGAGAGAGGCACCAAGUUAUUCAGACGGUUCAUCCAGUUGAGAAAAAGCUCACCUACAAAUGUAUCCAUUGCCUUGGUGUGUAUACCAGCAACAUGACCGCCUCAACUAUCACUCUGCAUCUAGUUCACUGCAGGGGUGUUGGAAAGACCCAAAAUGGCCAGGAUAAGACGAAUGCACCCUCUCGGCUUAAUCAGUCUCCAAGUCUGGCACCUGUGAAGCGCACUUACGAGCAAAUGGAAUUUCCCUUACUGAAAAAACGAAAGUUAGAUGAUGAUAGUGAUUCACCCAGCUUCUUUGAAGAGAAGCCUGAAGAGCCUGUUGUUUUAGCUUUAGACCCCAAGGGUCAUGAAGAUGAUUCCUAUGAAGCCAGGAAAAGCUUUCUAACAAAGUAUUUCAACAAACAGCCCUAUCCCACCAGGAGAGAAAUUGAGAAGCUAGCAGCCAGUUUAUGGUUAUGGAAGAGUGACAUCGCUUCCCAUUUUAGUAACAAAAGGAAGAAGUGUGUCCGUGAUUGUGAAAAGUACAAGCCUGGCGUGUUGCUGGGGUUUAACAUGAAAGAAUUAAAUAAAGUCAAGCAUGAGAUGGAUUUUGAUGCUGAGUGGCUAUUUGAAAAUCAUGAUGAGAAGGAUUCCAGAGUCAAUGCUAGUAAGACUGCUGACAAAAAGCUCAACCUUGGGAAGGAAGACGACAGUUCCUCAGACAGUUUUGAAAAUUUGGAAGAAGAAUCCAAUGAAAGUGGUAGCCCUUUUGACCCUGUUUUUGAAGUUGAACCUAAAAUCUCUAACGAUAACCCAGAGGAACAUGUACUGAAGGUAAUUCCUGAGGAUGCUUUAGAAUCUGAGGAGAAGCUAGACCAAAAAGAGGAUGGUUCAAAAUACGAAACUAUUCAUUUGACUGAGGAACCAACCAAACUAAUGCACAAUGCAUCUGAUAGUGAGGUUGACCAAGACGAUGUUGUUGAGUGGAAAGACGGUGCUUCUCCAUCUGAGAGUGGGCCUGGAUCCCAACAAGUGUCAGACUUUGAGGACAAUACCUGCGAAAUGAAACCAGGAACCUGGUCUGACGAGUCUUCCCAAAGCGAAGAUGCAAGGAGCAGUAAGCCAGCUGCCAAAAAAAAGGCUCCCAUGCAAGGUGACAGAGAGCAGUUGAAAUGGAAGAAUAGUUCCUAUGGAAAAGUUGAAGGGUUUUGGUCUAAGGACCAGUCACAGUGGAAGAACGCAUCUGAGAACGAUGAGCGCUUAUCUAACCCCCAGAUUGAGUGGCAGAAUAGCACAAUUGACAGUGAGGAUGGGGAACAGUUUGACAACAUGACUGAUGGAGUAGCUGAGCCCAUGCAUGGCAGCUUAGCCGGAGUUAAACUGAGCAGCCAACAGGCCUAAGUGCCAGUUCCCUGGCGUUGGUGACAUGCUGCAGCCUGGAACUCUGAUCUCCAGUGUGACUGCAAAGCUGUCUUCUCACUGGUACUGCCUUGUGAGUACUGGUUGGACUGUGGGGCAUGUGGCCGCUGCAGUUCCAGUGGUUAUUUCUAAGUCUAUGACAGGACAGGCUGAUCUUGCUUCAGAACCUUCUCUGACAGACACGGUAACUAAAUGUGAAAAACCAAUAAGCUGGUGACUCAUGAAUACACACGAGGAAAAGCAGAGGUUUAUUUUAUCUGCCUUUUCAACAUUUCUUUCCCUCUGUGAAAUGAUUGGUCAGAUGUCUUUCAGAAGUGUUAAACUAAUUCACAUGGUAGUGUAGGGCCAACAUACAAGCUACCAGUCUAAUGUGUAUAGUAGACUUUGGGAAAAGCGAUUUUUUUUCAUGUAUUCAUUCUGAAUAGUUGAAAUGUAUAUUUGUACAGUCUUUUAGACCUAUUCAAGUGAUGCUCAUGAUCCUGUUACUGUGUGCCCAUCAUAGAUUUCUUUUUUUAGUGUUGCCCUUGCUGUGUAAUAAACGCUCUAUCUAGUUUACCUAGCAAAAGCUCAAAACUGCGCUAGUAUGGACUUUUUGGACAGACUUAGUUUUUGCACAUAACCUUGUACAAUCUUGCAACAGAGGCCAGCCACGUAAGAUAUAUAUCUGGACUCUCUUGUAUUAUAGGAUUUUUCUUGUUCUGAAUAUCCUUGACAUUACAGCUGUCAAAAACAAAAACUGGUAUUUCAGAUCUGUUUUCUGAAAUCUUUUAAGCUAAAAUCACAUGCAAGAAUUGACUUUGCAGCUACUAAUUUUGACACCUUUUAGAUCUGUAUAAAAGUGUGUUGUGUUGAAGCAGCAAACCAAUGAGUGCUGCAUUUUGGAUAUUUAGUUUUAUCUUUAGUUCAACACCAUCAUGGUGGAUUCAUUUAUACCAUCUAAUAUAUGACACACUGUUGUAGUAUGUAUAAUUUUGUGAUCUUUAUUUUCCCUUUGUAUUCAUUUUAAGCAUCUAAAUAAAUUGCUGUAUUGUGCUUAAUGUAAAUAUUUGCUUUAUUACACACGACAGUCCUGUGUGCCCAUUAUAUCUUUUGCCAUUUAAUGCCAUAACUCUUUCAUCAGAGAUGGCAGCCACAGUCACAGAGGAAACUCGUGGAAAACCCAAGAUCUGUCAUCUGCAAAUAGAAUGCUUUCUCUUGAGGCACCUGGUACAAAAUCUGUUUUUCGUUUUUGUUUUUUUUUAACUGAAAAAUAAACACCCUUGAGUUUUUCAGUUCACCUUUUGUUAAGGAGCAGAGCCUGCAUAUAUAUGUAAAUGUCUCAGUGAUAAAAAAAAAAAAUGUAAACAGGGAUUGGCAUUAAUUUGCAAGCAGAAUCUUAAUAGCCUGAUGGGUUUUUUGUUUGUUUUUUUCUUCUAGAUGAAGUUAAGCGUUCGUUUUCACCUUACGAUGGGAACAACUGUAGUGCAGGCAGCUCUGCCUCUAUUGCCACUCUUGGCCCUCUUGCUAUUAAGGGAAAGGCUUUGAAGAGCACAGCAUUGACAGGGCUGUAAAGAUGGAAGGAGCUGGUAUUUUUACCAUGCGUAGAUUCCCAAGAGAACUUGUACUAAAAAGCAGAAAGUUACAAGGAAGCAGAAUUAGGCCAACAUUUCCAGCAAUUAAAACAAUGAUGGGAAACUCCAAUCCAUGAGGAGGCUGGUCAGUCACCUCAAGGAUACUGGCCUAAAGAAGUCUGAAGUGGCUGAUGUCCAUAACUUCUGAGUCCGUUUCCAAAAGACUCUUGUUAAUGCUGUUACCAGAGAGUAGAGAUUUGACCAGCCUCUCCCUAAAAUGUUACGCUUCUCAACAAUAGUACAGGAAGAAGUGCAAGAGUAGACUAGAACCUUUAAGGAAUUUGGGGUUGGAACGGAGCUAUGUUGCAUCUGUUGUUAUACAGGUAGAUUAUAAAUUCUACAUGCACCAGCCAAAACUUAGGACAGGAUGUCCCCAAAUUAAGAUACUACAGAUUACCAAAUCAGAAAUAACCAGCUGGAUUUAGGCCAGCCCACAUUUAUUUGGAAAUUAACCUCCCUGAUUAACAGGCUUCUGAGUUGUACGUGGAGGACUAAUGAGACUUGUACAAGACACCACGGGGCUUGGGAUCCAGGUCCCAGUUGGAUAUCGGAACAGACACAGAUAAGUGUGUUUCCUCAUUAAGGUGGUGGCAGUGUGCCUUUUGGCAUUCGGAAAAGGGUUUAGCCACCCUAAGAGUUGGAAAUAAAGAUUCCCAACUGGAAAUGUUGCAGAAUCCCUACAAGUGUCUCAAUAAAAGCCAUUUUAAAAGAA